CACUAUUGCUCAUGAGAGCCUUCCACCACCCCUCUGGGAGAGGACCCAAGCAGAGCUGUUUCCCAUGGGGCUGGCAUGGUGCCUGGCGGCUGCCUUCCUCCUCCUCCUCCUAGGUUUGAGCACUGGCCAGCGGGUGGUGACUGUUCAGAAGGGGCCCCUCUACCGUGUGAAGGGGUCCCACGUCAUGCUGUGGUGCAAGGUGAGCGGCUACCAGGGCCCAGCGGAGCAGAACUUCCAGUGGUCCAUCUACCUGCCUUCGGCCCCUGAGCGGGAGGUGCAGAUUGUCAGCACCAUCGACCCCUCCUUCCCCUACGCCAUCUACACCCAGCGCGUGCGCAGCCGGGGGAUCUACGUGGAGCGGGUGCAGGGGGAUGCUGUCCUACUGCACAUCACUGAGCUGCAGGACCGGGAUGCUGGAGUGUACGAGUGCCACACGCCCAACACUGACGAGAGGUACUUUGGGAGUUACAGCGCCAAGACGAACCUCUCAGUGAUCGCAGACACCCUUUCCGCUUCCAUGGUGCCCCAAGUCCUCACCCGUGCUGAAGGGGAGGCAGUGGAGCUCACCUGUGAGGUGUCCAAGUCCACCACCCAGCACACGCAUCUCUCUGUUGGCUGGUACCGUCUUCAGGGAGCAGGAGAGAGUCACGUCGAGGAGGUCCUCACCCUCUCCAAGGACUUUGUCUUGAGACCAGGGCCCUCUUAUGCGCAGAGGUUUCUGGUGGGGGACGUGAGGCUGAACAAGGUUGGGAACACCACGUACAAGUUCUUCCUCGGGGGAGUGCAGCCAUCCGACCGGGGGCAGCUGUACUGCGAGGCAGCCGAGUGGAUUGAGGAUCCUGAUGAGACGUGGAAGGACAUUUCCCGUAAGCAAACGGGAAGGACAUCGCUGGCGGUCAUGAGCCAGGGCAGAGACCUCUCCGUGGACAUAGCUGCUGCUGAAAGCUCCCUUUCUGAAGGUGAUACCUUGCAGCUAAAUUGCGUGGUGGGAGCCCAGAAGAGCAGCAGCAGGCACUUCCAAGUGCUUUGGCUCCUCAACAGAGUGGAAGUGGCCAGGGUCGACCCCCAUGGGGUAUUGAUUUUGGAGGAAGAGUAUGAGGAGAGAGCCAAGCUGGGGAAGCUCCGAGCAUUCAAGCAAAGCAACACGGUUUAUGUCCUCACCAUCUAUGAGGUGGGGCUGAAGGACAAUGGUAUUUACCAUUGCUCUGUUUCGGAGGUGAAGGCUCCUGGAGAUUUUCACAGCAUCCAAACCAAUCUGUCAUCAGGCAUCCAAGUCGCCGUGAAGCCAAUAGAGAGCCGCACACGCUUGUCUGUGUCCGCCAGCACGCCGCAGGUCGUGGCGGGAGAUGCCUUGACCUUCCUUUGUGAGGUGCAAGGAACGACCAACCCUGUGUCCGUGCGGUGGUGGCACCUGCCACCACAGCACCUGGGUCCCCGGGUGCUGGUGGCCACCAUGGAGCAGGAUGGCACCCUCAGCCUGGGCAGCGUCUACCGGGACGGUGGGACUCGGGGGAGCCUCCGGCUGGAGAAAGCCAGCUCCGGCACUUUCACCCUGGUGAUCCCCAACACGUUGGAUGAGAGUGACGGCGGGCAGUAUGGGUGCGAAGUGACGGAGUGGUCCCGAGGCCAGAGCUGGACAAAGGAGAGGGAGACAGCGGUGACAGUCAGCUCCAUGGCUCUUGGUCUGCAUGCCACGCUCAGAAGCCGAAUUGUCACCGUCAGAUACGGGCAGAGUUUUGAACUUGAUUGCCAAGUGAGUGCUGGCUACGCCCUCGAGAAGGUGCCGGUGUCUGUGGGGUGGCUCUUCCAGCCCAGCCCACCCACCAGUCACUACCACAAGCUGGUCCAGGUCCUUCCCAACGGCACCAUGAACUGGGGGACAGCACAGCCACACUUCCAAGGGAAAGCCCAGCUGAUGAAAGCUGCCGCCUCCUUUCGGCUGCACAUCCACAAUAGUGUGGCUGCUAAUGAGGGGACGUACCAGUGUGAGGUGGAGGUCUGGAGGAGGAACGCCCUGCCGCAGGGGCAGCCAGCUGCCACCACCAGGUCCAACGCUGUGGGGAUAAAGGUGGUGCUGCCAGAAAGCAAGCUUCAGGUAGCUACGAAAGAGAGCACUGUGGAGAUUGUCGGUGGUGCUGACACAACCAUCGAGUGCAGGAUCAUGUUCACCCAGAAUAAUUCUCAAUUCGCUGUUACCUGGUACCUCGUACGUUCUUCAGCAGAUGCAACCCCUCUGCAAAUUGUAAGGGCUGACUACAGCAGCGUGCUGGAAUACGGGUCUGAGUUCAGCUUGCCUGCACAAAAGUCCCGAUUCCUGAGCCAGAGGGUGUCCAGCAAUGUUUUCUGGCUGCAGAUACUCUCUGCAGACUCCAGUGACGAGGGCAGGUACUACUGUGUGGUAGAAGAAUGGCUCUGGCUGGUGGAUGGCUGGUACAAACUUGGAGAGGGAACAUCGGGAAGGACCACGCUGGAGUUCAAGCUCCCAGAGCAUGAACUGCAGCUGGAGAAAACCAACCACAGCAUCUCAGUGAGGGAGGGCAAGGAGAUGACGCUGCACUGCCUGCUGCAGGGUGCCCGCCUGCCCACCACCCGCCUCUCAGCCACCUGGUUUCGGGGGGAGGAGAGCAGCCACGUCAGGCCCCUGCUCACCUUCCACCAUGACGGCACCAUCAAGUACCCCCAGGACAGCCUGGCUGGGAGGCUGCAUCUCCGCUGCCCCGCCACCGGUGACUUCAGCUUGAUGUUGCCCAGCGUGGAGGAGAGCGAUGCUGGGGUGUAUUUCUGUGAGGUGCAGGAGUGGCAGCAGCAGAGUGAGGGGAAGAGCUGGGCUCCGCGAGCCUUGGCGCGCUCGGGGUACACCCAGCUCACCACCAUCCCACCAGAGCCACCUGUUUUGUCUAUGAUCUGCUCAUCCCCACCACUGCUGAACUUCAUCCUAUACUUACCACUGGUUCUGAUCCUUCUCCUGGCCCUUGGUGUUUUCUGCUGGUACUUCAAAUUCAGAAAAAACAACAGGGGCAACAUCACAGGAGAAGACCAAUUGAUGGAACUGCAAGGGACUGGAGGGGUCAAGAAAACUUAGCUGGCCUAUAAUGGCAGAUGUAACGUGAAGGAGCAGAGCUAGACAGCUGAGGAGGACUGAAUACUUGCAGAGGGGCUUUUUAUUGUUUUGUAGUAGCUCUUGCAAUGAAUCCUUGAAAUUGUGUGUUUAUUUUCAGUGGAAUGAAGUGGUUUUGAAUUACUAAGCAAAUAGGGUUUUCAUAACAGGUGUUCCUGUCUCUUAGGUUAGGUACCCACCUAUUUCACACUUUGUUCAUUGUGGUAUAUUUGAGGUCCUUGCAGUACGCAUUUCCCACUGUGGAUAGAAGUGGUGUUAUUCCUCUACAGGUAUAAAGGAAAAAACCAGCUCUUUUUGCACUGUGACACAAAAGUAUCAAAUUGCUUCUCAUUUCAGGUGACUUGACAAAAUCUAUGUGGUGCGCAGGCUAAAAAACAGUGGCAGAGCUGGAAAUGGCGUAUUGGUGUCCCAUUUAAGGCAUUGCACUUGGCUUAGCCAGGGAAACUCUCAGACACUGCUGCCCCCUUGUUUUGAGAGUGCCUGUGCCCAAAGAGCAUCAUCUUCGAAAGGAAAUGGGUCUUCAUCACAAAACCUGUCACAGGAACACAAGAACUGAGCAAGGCUGCCUGGGGCUGAAGAAAGUCCAUAGCAGGGGUACCAGAGCCAUCCACAAAAAAAGUCCUGCUGACCAUUGGGACCAAGGGACUCGUAUGGAGUCUUGGAUCCCAGAAGGAAGAAGUGGACACCAUGCCAUCUUGGAGAUGAGUGUACGAAGACUUUCUGGCUCCUUUCUUUGCUGGGACUGCUGUAGGAGAAGACAGCAUCCAGCCCCUCAUGCCUAGGCUGUCUUACGGGUCAGGAAGCUGCAUGGCUGGGACCUGAUAGACAUCUCCAGGUUGCACCAUGCAAUAAAAAAAGCCAUGCAUGUUCUUACGGGGCAGCUCCUCUAUGCUCUGGGCUCACGUUUUCAAGGCUGAGGAGCUCUGCUACCUGAAGGCUGGCUGAUGCAUUAGAAGAAAGGAGAUUUCAAUCCAGUCCCUAUAAGUCAAGGGAUACUCAACCCCUAAUUGUACAAAGUGGGAUGUGGUCCCACCGAGUUGUAAGGUCAGGUGUCACGGUGACACUCAAAGCACUGUCCUCAGACCAAAGCAGCCGUAUGGAAAUCAUGGCAGAUGUUUAUGAGCCCUGCUUCCUUUGACCAGAGGAAGGGUUGAAGACACCACAGCACCUCUAGAUGAUCUGUUGAAGUCCUUCACUUUCCUUACAAUUAGAAAAACUGCCUGUCCUGUAUCCCGAGGAACUGGCAGGUGCUUCAGUCCCUUUCUCCUUGAAAAAGCACUUUUUGCAUAAGUUUGAAGGCUACUGCUCUUGUUUCCCUGUUCAGCCACCUCUGUCUCUGCUGGCUGGCUCCAGCUUGCUCAGCCUCGUGCAGUUUUUCCCUUUUGCUGCCCUGACCCCAUCUGUCUGUCCUGUGGCGUGAGUGCUCAGAGCUGCACGUGGGGCUCUCUGCAGAGGUUCCCCCCCUGCCUUGUGGGUUAUGUCCCGUUUACACAUCCCAGUAGGAUGUUUGAUUUUCUGUGCGCGUGUGACAGCGCAGCACUGUUUGCGCUUGCCUCGCAAUCGGCAGGCUCCUCUCCUGCAGAUUUGCUGUCUAGCAAGUUAUUUCUCCACUGUGUGUUCAGACUGUUGACUUUUCCUAUCUACUUGAAGCACCGUUUGCGUGGGUCUGUUGAACAGCUUUCCGCACCAGUUUGCGAAAGAUCCUGCUGUCUGUUUGUCUUAAUCCUGUCUCAAUAAUGCUUUAACUCAUGGACCAGUUUCAGUCUGUUUUGACAGAGAAACAGAUGCUCCCAGGACAUUAAACUCCUACAAGUUUCAUGAAAAGUGGUAGCUGGAUGAAGGAGAGGAGGCAGGCGAGUUGCCCUACCAAGGGAAGGCUGCAGUGUGAGUUGCCUGGCAGCCAGCCCUAGGCCAGCCGUACGUUGGCUGCCUGGCACCCAGUUUGUGAUUAGGGGAUACAGAAAGGAGAUGUAGGUGUGUUAGGGCAUCGGAAAGAAAAGAAAGAACCAUUUUUGACCAUAAACUAUUAACAAUUUAAUUGUGCACCUAGUUUAUCUACCAAUUUUGUGCUGUCCCUCUGUGUUUCUGUUUAGAUUGUUUCCUUAGCUUGCCCAUAACAGUACCUUGGGACCAUACUUCACAAGCCUUGGUGAAGCCAAGAAUCUAUGUCGUCUACUGCUUACCUCUUCCCACAAGGCUUGCAGCCGCCUUGCAGGGAUGAUUAAAUAGGUCUGACAUGCUCUGUUCUUGUUUAAAAAAAAGUUUGGUGGGUUUUUUUACAUUCUUCUGGGUGCUUGUAAGUACUUCGUCCCUGUGUCUCUCUGAGGAUUGCAAUUAAGAUGUGAGUGUUCAGUUUCCCCUUCUUUUUUAAAAAUAAUCUUGCCAUCUUCUUGUCACUUGGUAUCUCUCACCUCUUCAAGAUGUUAUUGCAGCAAACCACUAACAGGUGGCUUGACAACCCAUUCUUUACGUGUCUUAGGAUGAACCUCACCAAGAUCAGCCUUCUGCUCAAAAAUCUAAGUUAUUUAGAUUGCGACUCAUUACCAGAGUGCUGGGCUGGUGGCAUGGGACAGCCCCUGCCCUGCUGCAGCAUGUGUGUGUGUGGGUCAGUCUCCAUAAGCCAUGCAAGCCCUGUGAGUGACCUGGCUGGGUUCAGUGCAUCCCCCGAGCCCGGCCACCUUGGCUCUCCGUUGCAGGUGUGUGGAGACGUCUCUGCUGCCAUCUGAUUUUCACGUAAAAAGCUGCAGACUCUCCUGCAACAUGAGAUUUUUCUGUCUGGUGGACUGGGGGAAGAAGGUGGGCAGAGAGAGGAAUGUUUCUCUGUCAAUGGGGUGCUUCUGUUUCAUUUUGGUUCAGUUAACCAGAGGCUUGUGUAAGUAGCAGCUUUCUAUUCACACAGGUUUAGAGGUUUUAAUUUAAGUUUCUAAAGUGUGCCCAGGGCCUUGAUGAAAGGGUCUGCAAGAAGAAUGUGUGUUUUUGCAGUGCCGGGGUGUUUUCCUCCUCCCCCCCCCCCGGCUUUGCUGGAUCACUGCCAAACCUUUCAGCUAUAUUUUUUAAGAUGUAUUUUUUUCCAUGAGUGAACUUUGGAAGAGUUGUAACUUAUCACAGCAAAAACUCCAAAACAGUCCUAUUUUUAAAGAGAACAUUUCACUCAGCUGAGGUAAAUGCAUGAGAGGGAGAGAGAUGUGUGUGCAUGGUGAGUCAGGGGAUGGUGAUGAUUUUGCUGCCAGGGCUCCCCAAGUCCAGCCUCUGAUAUAAAGUAGAACAGCUGAUAAAAUAUAUAUUUAGCUGUUAUAACCUCAGGGGGGAAAACUGUGCAACAGUGCAGACCCUGCAGCACAGCAGUGCUCCUGUCGCACCCUGUCCCCCAGAUGUGCCCUUGCCCAGGGAAUGUCCUGUGUGAGGGCAGCGUGUGGUGGGAAGGUCCAGGGUCCUUUCAUAGGUUUUAAAGCAGUUUGAAGGUGCUACAGGGCAAUAAAAAGCUGGGUCCAAGAGGGAUUAAUCCACUGCGAAGCAGUUGCACAGGGCUACAGAAACACAAAAGCUGUGUUGUGCUCUUGCGUUUCUAUAGGAAGGUAUGGAAACUGUAAGGCAAGGGGAGAGCAGCACUGCCUCUGAGGCAAGCGAGCAAUACCCUGCAGUGUGGCAAGACCCUCACUUGUUCAGAAGAUGGAUGACAUGAGGGCCGGACAGGUGGGAAUAUAACUCCUGCGUUGCCUCCUGGAAUGCUUUUAUGGCACCUGCCUUUGGGCAGGGGCAAGGCCAGUGCUCAGUGACCUGCCAGGGCGGCUCACCCAACGUGCAGUGGGACAAAGGAUUGCACCAGUGCCUCUCUCACCUGAAGAUGGGUGCGCCAAGGACCUUUCGUUGCAAGGCUCCUCUAUCCUGUGAAGAGGCAGGGUGGGUGAUGAAUUGGUUGCUGCGCAGGAGCGGUGGGAAGCAGCUUGAAAGCAAGGAGAUAUUUUGCAUCCUCUGGCAGCCCAUGGCUCAGGGUUUCUGUGCCUGCCCUGCUCCCUAGGAGCAGAGGUCAGAGCAGCAGUGUGCUGUCCUGCACUGCCAGGGCAAGGUUGUUGAGGAAGGUUGCCAAACUUUCAAGAAAUGCUUCUAAACAAAUGACUUGGAGUUCUCCUGGGAGGUCCCUUCUCAAGCAGCAUUUCUUCAUUCGUUCCUAUUAACUCUGGGUUGGUUUUGAAAUUUCACAUUUGGUUUUCUUCCUGUGAUAAAAUAUUUAAAAUCUGGAA